AUGGACGUGUUGGGGGAGGACCUUGGGCUCGAGCACGGCGGCAAAGAGAUGGAAGCAGAGGAAAUUGAGGUCGGCGAGAGCACGGAGGACGAGCCGGACUUAUCCGGCUGGAUGCACGCCACGGGGGACGAACUGUAUCCGGCACUCACCCCCACAACGACGGAGCACCCAGUACCCACACCUGAAGGAGGGGAGGCGGCAGGGGGGGCUUCGAGGGGGAUGGAUGUCAGGGGUUCAGGAGCAGAGGCACAGGAAAGGGAGGAAAUAGAGAGCGAGGGGGAGGAGUCCGAAGGAAAUGUUAGCGAUGACAGCGGUCCGAGGUCUCUGAGUCUUUCCAGCGAAUCGGAAGAUUCACAGAAAGGGGCUCCCUUGGUCAGAGCAAGUGGGGUGCCGAGGGGGACACCCCAGGAAGAAGGGGCCAGAGGGGACUCAGAGAGCAGCAGUUGGAAAUCAGGACCAGCGUCCACACCAGAGUGCAGUAGGGGGGGAGGAGUCCCAGGCAUCGGGAUCAGGCGGCGCACUGCCAGUGGGAGGACAUGA